CUUCUAAACCGGAACCCUGUCCCAUUCGCUGCGAACUGGCCAGUCAGGUUUGAGAAUGGUGUGUGCGCCUGUUCACGAGCCUCUUGUCUUGGUGUCGCAUGCCGACUCGCAGGUCCUUUGAACAUAUCAGCAAAAUUUAAUGAGCAAUUCAAGUGGUUUAUAGAUCAAAUACACAGCGCCAAGCACACGAUCGUGAAUAAACCGGAUUUAUUUACGCCCAAAGAACUAUAAAAGGAAACCAACUAGAUCGCGAAUUAGCAAUAAAAAGCUGUAAUGGAGAACAAAACAAAUGGAUCAGUGGAAGCUAAACUUGUGGUGGAGAAUGGCCAGCUGCCGGACCCUGCAGACUGGGCAUUCACUGAUGUCGUCAACUAUUUCAAAGCUGCAGGAUUUGACGAGCAGGCUACUGCUUUCCAAGACCAGGAAAUCGAUGGCAAGUCUCUGCUCCUGAUGACGCGGAAUGAUGUCCUGACUGGUCUGUCUAUCAAACUGGGGCCAGCACUGAAGAUCUACGAGUACCACGUGAAACCACUUCAAACUCAGCACCUGAAGAGUAAUGCUAAUGCAUCACUGCAUGCUCCUCAACGUGUAACAAGAUAAUCACGAGGCAGGACGGACAGACUAGUCCGAAGAGAUUUAUAGACCCAAGAGGACAGUGGAGAACGACGGGGCUUAGAAAACUCUUGCAUGGUUGCAUCUUGCAUCCUUCUGAAAAUAUUAUUUUACUUAAACUGCCAAAUGAUUUGAGCCGUUACGUUUGUUGGUAGUUAACUGAGUGGUAUCAGUUUAUGAAACCAAACAAGGACUUUAAUUCAUUGAAGUCUUGGACAUCAUAAGAUCAUUUUACAGGUCUUAAAAAGUACAGGUUUAUUUUUUUCUAAGAGUUAGUCUCAAAGCAAAUCAAGCUACUGAAGCAGAUUCAACUGAACGGGUUAUUUAAUAGUGGCCGAUCCUUUUCAGAUGGAUGCAAAAGGUGCACUAGAUGUCUGACUGUGAUAAUCUAUCUUCUACCCAUGUCCCAUUGAUAUGAUCAGUAUAUACCAAACUAUGGAACAGUUUGAUGCCGGCUAAGACUGGAUGGUAAUUAGUUGGAGGACAUGUACGUGUUUGAACCAUACUUACUGAUCCUCCAUUACAGCCAUAUUUAUUUCACUUAAUCAAAGCUGUAUCUAUGAGCAUUAUGCACGUCAAUUGUAAAUUUAAGCACGGGGGAUAUAGGUUGAUGAAUGUGUUCUUUGAUUUCCUUAUUCUUAAAUAUAUGGCAUUUUACUUUCGUGUUUGAUGUGGAUGCUUUUAUCACGCAUACCUGUGACAUGCUGCUGCCUUUUGUAUUGUAAAGUUGCCCUGUUCACAUUUUGCUGUUCGAAACUACUUGCAUCUUAAGUAAAGAUUUGAGAUGUACCACUGUCAGUCUUACCCAAGAAACAAUUAGCAAAACACAGUCAUGUAGAGAAAGAAGAAUGUUAAUUUCUAAAUACAAAAAGUCAAGAACAAUGAAUAAAAUAGAAAAGGCACAAUCAUUUACUUGAAAACCACACGUGCCAUGAAAAAUAAACCCGUCUCAUCGUAUCCUCUAAGGUGGUUGGCUGAAAAUAGAUGGCAAGUCUUCCUGACAUGUUCUACACUUCAUAAGAUUCUGUGGCAGUGGAUUGCCGUUGGCAAUGAGGAGCAGUGUUGAGGUCAACUUUUUCCCUGUAGCAUCAAAACGAAGGCC